UUAAAACAAAUUCGUGCGAAAUAAAAGCAAAAAAAAAUUAAAAUAAUUAUAAUAAUAAUUACUCAGGUGUUCAAAGCUGUGAUCGUAAAUCGUUAUAGAGACGAAUCGUAAUUAAUUGAAAUCAUAAUUAAUUCAAAUCGUAAUUAAUUCUUAUGCGUAUUAAAAUUCGUCGUAUACUAGUCAUUAUUACUUGAUGCAUGGUCGAAUUAAUAACGAAAAAUGAACGCCCGCUCACAAAUAUUCGAAUUAACGAUGGAGGGUCGCCAGGUGGAUGAGGCUAUAACGAGCCUUUUCCAUACGGUUCUUUUUCAUCGUUCGAUGGGGAAGUUCACGUAUACGGCGGAGGGCAGCUACUCGGUGGGUUCCGUUGGUUAUACAGACGUAGAUUGUGAUUUUAUUGACUUAACAUACGUAUGUUGUACAUCGCCGAAUUUGGAUAAAACGAUAAAAAAGGAAAUUUCGGGUUUUUCCGAAUCGUUACGUUGCAUGGAAGGUGGAACAGGAAUGGGUCAAAUUAGUUUAGAGUUUUUCCAAAAGAAACCGAAUCGGUGGUUGUUUCCCCAAGAAUGUAUACCGUGGGAGGUGUGGACGUUACGUUUAGAGUUGAUUUCGUUAAAUUCGGAGGACGAGAGACAGAUUUGCCGGGAAAAAGUUGGAGAACAUUUAACGGAUAAGAUUUUGUAUAUUACGGAAGUGAUGAACCGUCACGAUUACGUUCCAAAAAUGCCAAAUCAAUCGGAACUCGAUUUGAUUUUUGAUACGACGUAUUCGGAUGUUCAACCGUACCUUUUCAAAUUGAGUUAUCACAUUGCGGGGCCGUCGGCGUCAACGUCUGUUGGGUCAACAAUGAAAAAGCUUAUAAGAGAAACUUUAUCGUUAUGAAUUUAUUAGUACAAUUAUUGGUUUUUUUUAAAUAGUUUUAAUUUAAUUUUUUCUUUUGGACAACUCGAGAUCUCCACGUUAGGAUUUUUUUGAAAUUUACUUGAACUAAAUGGUUUUUUAUUGAAUAAAUGCACGGUAAAUGUUUUA